UACGAGCCAAUAUGGAGCCAAUAUGGACGCAUUUUAAAAACUUGUGAAAAUUUCAGUAAAUAAAGGGUCAAUAACGAAUAACAAGAAGCGAAAGUAAAGGGAGUAAUUGCAUUAGCUGAAACACUUUAUGAAAUUCUCUUCCAAUCUUCUCAUUUGCCCCGUCUUCAAUGUAUGCAUUAAGCCUUUAUUAAACGUUGAUUUAAUACCGCUCGUUAUUUUCGUAGCGCCUGUAAUUUCUGCUUAUCUAUCCUGGCUCGAGGAUGUCGAAACGCGAAACGGGAAUUACAGCGACAAUUUAAUUAUUCAAACCCCAGGUCUCCGACCUUUCGGCUCCGAAAGCCGACGAUUCCGGCGAGCUCAGACAGCAUAAAAAUGGAAAGUGGUAACGUAAGAGAUAAGAGCUCAAAAAAACAGACUCAUAAAAAGUGGAGGAGUUGAAGGAGGCACGAGGCUCGCAGAAGACGCGCGAUGGAGAAGAGCGGGGGUGUUCGAAAAGGGACGGAAACGCGAAAAGAGCGUGACUCGCGUGGAGAGAAAGAUGGCGACGUCGCGAACACGAGGGGGAGAUACGCGGCGCCACGGUUGGUCGCGACCGCGUCGCUCAGUCUACCGGUGUCGACCGGCCAAACAUGUCCAGCCGUUACUUUGCCAGUUAAAAUCGCGUGGUUCGCAUCCCUCGCUGCCACGAUCUCCCGAUCCGGUGAUUACGGCUCGAAAAGUCGCGCGGAGUGUCUCGAAUUGCGGCUCAAAACAAAAAUCUUCGAUCUACUUUGAGCCCAUGCCGCGCUCAAAAUAACGAUACCAACGUGGUUUCUUUUGUAAAUAUUCGAGGAAAGUGCUGAGUCGCUGAUUUGAUCAAACGCGACGACGAGGGCUCAAACUUUCUUAGUUUGAGCCAACAAAAUUGUGAAAAGUUUGUUUGGAUUGUGUUGUGGUAGUGAGUUUUGUUCGAAACGUCGAAUGGGACUCUGUAGUUGUUGAGUUUGUUACCAGUAACGAGGAAGAGUCACAAAAAUUGUGCUCAAAACAGUGUGGUAGCAACUUAGACCUGACUACGUCGAGCUCCGACGUCUGGAUGUAAAUCCCGCUAUGGAAAGCUCCGAUAGCUAGCGAACCGAAGUGUAACCGCAGGUGCAUCCGGAGGCUCCGAGUCAUCAUGCACGUGGACACUCAGAACCGUCAGCGCUUGAUCCUCCCCGUCGGCUGCAGGAACUUCAAAUCCGCGUUUCGGGAGCAACAGACUAUACCCUGAACCGUGUUGCGGCGUCUAACAUGCUCCCUGGCCGUGCCUUCUGGAAUGGAAGUCAGUGAGCCACCGGAGGAUGACGUGGACCUAUCGUUGGGCAGGAUCGGCGCUACUACGGGGAUCGAUCGUUUCUCGGAGUCGCUGAACACGACCGUGAGCGACACGUUGGAAGCGGUGACCGCCUCAGGGGACUCUUAUCAUCAGCCUAACGUGAUCUGGACGGUGAUAAAGGGCGUGGUGAUAAUCAGCAUCAUCGUUACGGCGCUGAUAGGGAAUGCGUUGGUGAUCGCCAGCGUGAGACGUCACAGGAAGCUACGCGUGCCCACCAAUCGCUACGUGGUCAGCCUGGCGGCGGCUGACUUCCUCGUGGCCGUCUGCGCGAUGAGCUUCAACGCUUCCGUGGAACUAUCCGGCCGCUGGGUUUUCGGCCGGGUCAUGUGCGAUCUGUGGAGCUCCCUGGACGUGUACUUCUCCACGGCGUCCAUACUUCACCUGUGCUGCAUUAGCGUGGACAGGUACUACGCCAUCGUCAGGCCGCUAGAGUACGCGGCCAUCAUGAAGAGGGUCACCGUCAUCUGCAUGCUGGGCGGCGCGUGGCUUCUCCCAGCUCUCAUCAGCUUCAUCCCCAUCUUCAUGGGGUGGUACACCACCGACGAACACCUGGACUACCUCAGCAAGAAUCCUGAGGUAAUGCAUUGGGAAUACUUCGAAAGAAAAAUGAAAAGAGCAUCUCUUUCUCUCCACGGUGGGGACAUAAAUUUUGUCGUCCGAGCAGGACGAUUGAUUCAUUGUUCCGCAACGAUCGAUACCGCAGAAUCACAAAUCCUUUCAAAAGGGAAAUAAAAUGGAAAGAGAAUAUUCACAGAUUUAUGGAUUCCUUUUUCUACUAUAAAUGCAUAAGAUAAAAUUAGACGAACUACCUAUGGAAAUAAAACAAAAGAAGGAGCGCUUCUAUUUAAGUAGAUCUUUAAAUAUCAGAAGAAACGAAUCGGUGGAGCCAUUUCUUGACCAACACCAGGAGCUGGCGUGAAAAGUACCGAAUCGUUUAUUAUAUUGUACCUACUCAUAUUAAAUUUUCUAUAUUUCAUUAUAUCUACAAAUUAGUUCUCUGGCAAUCAUUAUACAUACAGGCGCCGUUUUCGCGAUCGUACAACGUCGGUUAUACAUUUGUCGAUAAAAAAAUACACUGUGAUAGGUUGAAAAAUAUUAACGAAUCGAUUGUCUAACUAACAAAUUGUCUCGUUCAAUAACCAUUUGUUAAACUAUAUAGUUGAUAAUAAAAAAACACUUUACCCUGCUCCUUAGUAUUAAGCAUUUCCUUAUGAGAGUUCUACGAUAUAAAGCUACCUACUGGCUGCAGAUC